UCGCAGUUCGUCUUCGUCUUCGAAGCAGAGAGUGUAGGAAACAAGAAAAGGCGAAAUCCCAGGCCAGAUUAGGGUUAGGGUUAUCCCUAAUCCAGGUGAACCUUUCUUCUCUUGAUUCUGCGGCAGAAGAUCAAAGAUGGGCGCGAAUUCAUCACCAAAUGAUUCAACCUCCGACCUCGACGAGCAGAUCUCGCAGCUUAUGCAGUGCAAGCCACUGUCGGAGCAGCAGGUUAGAGCAGUAUGUGAGAAGACUAAGGAGAUAUUGAUGGAAGAAAGCAAUGUUCAGCCUGUGAAAAGCCCUGUGACAAUAUGUGGCGAUAUUCAUGGCCAGUUUCAUGAUCUUGCUGAACUUUUUCAAAUUGGAGGGAAGCUAUCAGUCCUGACUAUGACCUUUUUAUUCACUUCUUCUGUUUCAGCUGAGGGCAUUUCCAAAAUAAUUAAUUGAGAUCUGAAUGCUUUUGAAGAUUGGAUGGAGCUCUACUGAAGUAUUUUAGUUGAGUAAAUGAUGCUGUAGGAUGAAUGUUUUAAUUUAUGCUCACUUGGAUGCAUUACCAAUUUCCCACUACCACUUACAAUGGUGAGAGUUCAGGUUUAGUAAACUUUUUCACUUCAUAUGUUGCCAACUUUCUAUUGUUAUAAAGUUUUCUCAUGAGUAGAGUUUGGUUGGUGCCAUUUUUUUCUUUUAUUUUAUUAUCUGGUAACACAGAAUCCAUCAGAAACCAAUCAUAUCUGUGUGUCUCUUAUCUUUUCUACCACUCUAGGUGUCAUGAAUUCAUUUUAAUGUGUCCUCAUGAUUAUUUGUUUUAUUUUUUAUGGGGCAUUAUUUUGUAUUCCCUGUGAAAAAUAAUUUCCAAUUUUUUUUACAUUUUUCAUUUUUACAGUGUCCAGAUACCAAUUACUUGUUUAUGGGAGAUUAUGUGGAUCGUGGAUAUUAUUCAGUUGAAACUGUUACGUUGUUGGUUGCCCUAAAAGUUCGUUAUCCUCAGCGGAUUACCAUUCUCAGAGGAAACCAUGAGAGCCGCCAGAUUACUCAGGUUUAUGGGUUUUAUGAUGAGUGUCUGCGAAAGUGAGUUUUCUUUACACAAAUUUGGUUUAGGAGAUCAUAAUUGAGUGGCUAUAUAUUAUAUCUACUGAUUUAUGUACUCCUCUCCAUCUUCUAGUGCAUUAGCUUUCUCAAUGGUCCCUUUGGGCUGAAAUAUGGCAUAUAAAUGUUACUAUUCCAG